GGCAAUGAUCAUGAAACUCGUACAACAUAUCUACUUCCCGAAACUCUACACCAGCGGUGAGGCAGUCACAAAUGGUAGCAAAGUCAAACAGACCACUUUCUCUUUCUUCCAGAGGAAAGUGCGAUAGCCAGCUCCACACUCAACCUAGCAGCCCGUAUCUCCAUCAGCCACAGCCUGAGAUGAGACGCAACUCGGGCAUGAGGCCGAGAGUUAGAUGGCAUGACCACCGCAGAGACAGAUGCACUGGGUGAGGAGAAUGCCAUAACGCCUUUUGAUCGUUACUCGGUGCCGUGAAAACUUGUCGUCGGGGGAAAAACGAGCUACAAAGCAGAAAUAAACGUUAAUGUCGACUGUCAGCCUGGAGAAUGGAACAGUUCCAGCGAAACGCACCAGGGUGGGCGGAUUUGGUGAUUUUACCACUGUCGGUAAUUUUCUGUGCUUAGGUCAGUAACUUACGGGAGAACAAUCAGUGUUGUAACUCACUUUCAACGUGUACACCCUGUUCCCAUUCUCGUCCAACGUAUACAUGAGAUGCAUGGUGGUGGAGGUGGUGUUGUUGAACGAGGUUGCCUGCAGAUCAAGCCGAGUCGAGACCUUCAAUUUUGGAAGUCGGCGCUCACGCGCACGUGGGACCUUCACGGUCAUGUCCUCCGAUCAUCAAGCGCCUUGGACCGAUCCCGAUCCGGCUGAUAUUUGAACCUCCAUGGCAAAAACGCAUAAAAUUAUCGCUCAACCUGCACCUGGAACUCGGAUAGCGCCAGUCCGAAAUUACACCGAUGAGCAGAUGCAGAAGAUUCAUGACUUGGGCGAGUAUGCACGGAGUAUUGCAUUGCCCCAAACGGAUCCCUAUUAUGAAUGGGAGAGUCGUUGGUUAGACAAACCAGAUACUCUACCCCGUUACAUGCGAGCUGCGAAAUGGGACUUUGAAGACGCAAAGAAACGUAUCAAGGCGACGAUGGAGUGGCGUCGUGAGUUCAAACCGGAUCUCAUUCCCCCAGACGAGGUGAAGAUCGAGGACGAAGGCGGUAAAAUCAUUAUCAAUGGAUUUGACAAGGAUGGACGCCCGAUUAUCCACAUGAAUCCUGGCCGCCAAAAUACUGAGACAAGUCCCCGCCAGCUUCGACAUCUCGUAUGGUGCUUAGAACGUGCCAAGGAUCUUAUGCCCCCAGGUCAGGAAUCCUUAGUGAUCCUAAUCGACUACAAGACCACAACGUUGCGAACGAAUCCGUCUAUUUCAACAGCUCGGAAGGUGCUCCAUAUUCUGCAACAACAUUAUCCGGAGACGCUGGGCCGUGGCCUGGUUGUCAAUCUUCCUAUGCUGCUCAAUUUCUUCUACAAGGGUAUCUCACCGUUCUUGGAUCCGGUCACUCGAGACAAAAUUAGGUUUAACCCUGAUCUAUUGGACUUGAUUCCGAAGGAGCAACUUGUUAGCGAUCUAGGCGGAGACCACGACUUUGAAUUCCACCACGAGUCGUAUUGGCAACAAGUCCUUGAAAUCUGCAACAUAGCACCAGAUGGAACGCGGGCCCAAGUGCAAACGACGACAGUAUCGAUGAGCAAGGUCUCGCAAGAAUCUCUAUUAGAAGGAAUACCGGACGACCAACGAGAUAAACAAUUGACAUCACGAGAGGCAAUCGCUGUUGUGGCAUAAGUGCUGCGUGGAAUUUGCUAUGCCAUGACUUCUUGGAAUCCUUGUCUGUAGCGUAGGUAAUGACUCGUUAUAUAGAUCGACGUUAAUCCUUAGAUAUACCGAAAAUGAAUGAAACAUGCAGAUAAGGAAGUAGACGGCUCCUAACCGUUACUGCCACCAAUGUGGCAGUCCGAAGUCCCAACUUCUUGGCAAAUUGACGUACAGAACGGAAAAACGUGCAGGUCAUGAGCGCAGCGCCCUUGUGAACGAAGUCAAGAAGGAUUCUA